AUGAUCGGAAAGGAGAAGGGAGGCACUCGUGCCGUAGUCAAAAAUGGCGUUCCCCAUUAUCUAGGUCUGACGGGCGACCGACUCAUUUUCGCCAUCACUCUGACCGCUACAUGCGGCUUUCAGCUGUUUGGAUAUGACCAAGGCGUCAUGUCUGGCAUCAUCUCUGCACCUCAAUUUUACAGAGUGUUCCCCGACCUCAACCCUGAGAUCAACCCCUCAGGUUUUUCUACUAUGCAGGCCUUCUACACAGCCAUCUACGAGGUCGGUUGUCUCGGUGGGGCGUUCUUCGCUCUGAUGUACGGCAACAAGCUGGGGCGACGCCGUAAUAUCCUCCUCGGUGGACUCUUCGUUGUCAUUGGCACCCUUAUUCAGAUCACCACCAUGCCUGGUCACAAGGCAGGCCAUCAGUUCGUUAUAGGCCGCAUUGUCACCGGUUUCGGCAACGGUCUUAAUACCGCUACCAUCCCCUCAUGGCAAGCCGAGUGCUCAAAGUCCCAUAACCGCGGUCUACACAUAUGUAUUGAGGCCUCGAUGAUCGCCAUCGGCACGGUCAUCGCGUAUUGGAUCGACUUUGGGCUCAGCUUCGUCGACUCUUCGUUAUCUUGGCGCUUGCCUAUUGGUCUACAAAUGAUAUUUGUAGUCUUCCUCUACAUCGGAGUCCUGUCCCUGCCCGAAUCGCCUCGCUGGCUUUUGUCCACGGGGUACGAAGCUGAAGGCGAGCGCGUCGUGGCGGCGCUCGCGAACUCGCCUAUCGACUCGGAGGAGACUCAGCUGGACAAGCGCGUUAUCCUCGAGUCUGUCCAAUCGAUGUCGUCGGGCGACCUCAAGCCCAGCGAUGUCCUCACGUCCGGACCUACGCAGCAUCUGCGCCGGACUCUACUCGGGUGCUCCAGUCAAUUUUUCCAGCAGAUCGGAGGCUGCAAUGCCGUCAUCUACUUUGCCCCGGUUAUCUUCCAGCAGUAUAUUGGUCUCGAUCGUCAAUUGGCAUUGAUCUUGGGCGGCGUUAACGUGACCGUGUACGCGCUCUCUGCCCUCCUCUCGUAUCCUAUGAUCGAGCGCGUUGGCCGGAGACCUAUGUUCUUCUGGGGAAGCGUCGGCCAGGGCGUGUCCAUGCUCAUCUCGAGUCUCUGCCUCAUCAAGUACAACGUUUACCACGACCAGAGCGAUCAUAUCAUCUACGGCGCCGUAUUCGGCCUCUUCCUCUUCCUCAUCUUCUUCGGCUGCACAUGGCUUGAGCUUCCUUGGCUUUACCCCGCUGAGGUCAACCCUCUCCGCAUUCGUACUAAUGCGAACGCUAUGUCUACAAUGACGAACUGGUCUUGGAAUUUUGCCGUCGUCAUGUGGACUCCCCCCAUGCUCGCCAAACUCGGCGGUUUCGGUACCUUCUUGUUUUUCGCGAUCAUCAACUUUUGUUUCUGCCCCAUCAUCUACGCCUUCUACCCAGAGACCAAGGGGCGCUCGCUCGAGGAGAUCGACGUGUUCUUCGCAAAGGCGUACACAGAGCGCGCGUGGUACGUGCGCGUCGCGGAGGAGAUGCCGCGGCUGUCGCCCUCCGAGAUCGAGGCGGAGGGCCGCAAGUACGGACUCGGCGGCAUCGGGUUCGACACGGAGAAGGCGGGCGAUAACGGCAUGCCGACGUCGGUGCGCUCGUCGCGGGAGGACGAGAAGAAGCCGGACGUGCAGUGA